AUGCAAUCCUUCCUCCAAUACAGACGGUUAAGGCCAUUUGUUCCAUCAACACCAUCAUUCAACUCGUCCAGCGAGAAGAAUUCCGGAUCCCAGGAAGCUAACUCACCUCAAUUUGAGGAGGAUGUUGGAUCACACGAAGUUAAAGUACCUCAGUAUGAGGAAAAUGCGUGUAUACCAGUAGACUGGGACGGUCCGUCAGAUCCAUCAUGUCCACGAAAUUGGUCUCUACGAUACAAGAUAUGGGUUUGUGCUCUCGUGUCGAUAAACGUUUUUGCUCUGGACUGGUGCUCAGCAGCUGACUCCCAAGCAUCAAAGCAAAUGGCACAAGAAUUCGGGGUCUCUCGCCGAGUUGAGAAUGUUGGGUCUGCACUGUUUGUUUUUGGUAUUGCUGGUGGAGCACUAUUCGCUGGGCCCAUAACCGAAACACUUGGACGAAACCCAGUUUACAUUGGUGGAAGGGUUCUACAUUUCUUCUUUAUCCUUGGAACUGCGCUUGCUCAUCAUAUUGGAAUGCAACUUGUGUGCCGACUACUCGCUGGCCUAGGAGCAAGUGCAGUUCUAGCAAUUCACGGAGCUAGUAUUGCCGAUGUAUUUGGACAGGAGGGAAGGAGUCUAGCAUGGCCAUUUGUCGCCCUCUGGAGCUUUCUCGGCACGACACUUUCUCCGGUGGCAGGCGCAUGGAUAGUACAGAGCACAAAAUUAUCAUGGCGUUGGGCCGAUUGGAUUGCUGUUAUCAUGUCUGGUACUACUCUUAUCCUAACGAUGGCAUGUCUACCGGAAACGUUUACUCCAGUCAUACUCAAAUGGAAGGCCAUCAAACUCCGAAGGGCCACUGGUGAUAAUAAGUAUAUGGCGUCCAUCGAAACUCAAAAAUCUUUCAAGGAACUUCUCAAAGCUAACCUAUAUCGUGCGGUGAUCAUGACAACACGAGAGAAACUAGAAAAAGAAGCUAAAUUUUCACAGUACAUUGUAAUAUUUCUAGGUCUCUGGCUUGUUGUGGUAUACAUCGUUGUUUUCGGAUUCCUCUCGGGUAUGGACUUUUUGUUUGCAAAGACGCACUCCUUUUCUUCUGGAAUGGUUGGGACAUCAUUCGUCGCCAUCGCUUUUGGUGUUAUCGUUAAUACAGGCCUCUCUACAUUCUAUGCGAGGCAAUACAAAAUUCGUUCCGAACGCUGGGUACGCGAGAAAGGCGCUUCCGCACAGCUGCCUCCUGAGUAUCGCAUGAUUCCAUCAUUCCCUGUCGCCUUUGGUCUUCCAGUAUCUCUCUUUUGGCUGGGAUGGACUAAUUACCCGAAUAUCUCUCCUUGGUCAGGUCUCGGUGCCAUAGCUCUAUUUGGGUUUUCAUGGGCAGGCAUAUACGUAUGCGUCUUUCAUUAUAUUUUCGAUACCUACAGUAUAUACGCAGGAAGUGCACUAGCCUCGAUCACUUUUGUCCGAUACAUGUUUGCCGGAUCAAUACAGAUAGUUUCAAUUGAUAUGUGGGAUGCCUUAGGUACGCAAUGGACUUGUACGCUAUUAGGCUGUAUAGCCUCUCUACUGGUCCCAAUUCCAUUUAUCUUAUGGGUUUGGGGGGAGCGUAUAAGAAAAAUUAGCAAGUUUGCGGGUCAAAACGCACUUGAGAAAUCGCAGGAGCCUGCAAACACCACAACAGUUUGA